AGAGCAAAGCAAACAAGGUCUGAGAGCUUCAACAAUGGCUAAAGAACGAGGAAGAAGCGAAACGCCGGACCAGAGAAAUGGAGAAACCAGAGCUUCGAAUAAACAAGAUACUAAAGGAAAAGAGAAGAAGAAGAAUAAAGAUAUAGACGAAUUAGAGAACGAUUUUGGAUCUGAAGACAUAUCUCAAAGAUCCAAAGAUAGACACCGUAGCCGUAGCCGUAGCCGAAGCAAGAAGAGAAGUCGUAGUUCGAAGUCUUCUGAUGAUUAUUCUGAUUCAGACAGAUCAUACUCCGAUUCAGAGUCUGGAAGUUCGGAAUCUUCAUUUUCGGAGAGCGAGAGUGAGGAUGAGAGAAGGCGGAGGAAAAGGAAAGAGAGGAAGAAGAGAGAGGAGAGACAUAGGGAGAAGGAGCGGAGGAGAGAGAAAGAGAAGAGGAAGGAGAGAGAUGAGAAGAAGAAGAAGAAAAAGAGAAGUAAAGAUAAGAAGAGUGAUAAAAGUAAGAAAGGAAUGGGAGCUGUAACAGAUUCAUGGGGGAAAUAUGGUAUUAUCAAGGAAGUUGAUAUGUGGAAUAAACGACCCGAGUUCACUGCAUGGUUAUUAGAGAUAAAAAAGGUUAAUCUAGAAAGUUUGUCUAACUGGGAAGAGAAGAAGAUGUUCACAGAUUUCAUGGAAGAUUACAACACAGGAACCUUCCGUUCAAAAAAAUAUUAUAACCUCGAUGCUUAUCACCAGAAAAAAAUUGAGAAGGAAAUAAAGAAAGGUUACACAAGUAUCCCAGAGACAGAAAUGACUGUUUUCAAUGAUGAAGAACAACUCCGGAGAGAAAGGUUAAAAGAACGCGAAAUAUACAAGGAGCAGCAGAUUGAAGCAUUGAAGUACUCUAUGCAGGGUGGAAUGGCCAAGGCAAUGAAAGAACAAGCUCAACUUAGAGAAGAGAUGGCUUACCAAUACAAGCUCGGAAACUUUGAGGCUGCAGCUGCAAUUCAAAGAAGAUUGGAACCAGAUCCUCCUAUGUGAGAACAUUAUUAUUCUUUGAUGCCCUAAUCUUGUUAAGGGAGAUGGAUGCAAGGUACCAACCUAUAUAAACGCGGGCUUCUUCAUAACUAGAUAUUGUUAGGAAGUGAAAAUGUUUUGGUGGCAAAAACUCUUGUGGCUGGUAUUAUCUUUAAUAUAUAAACUUUGUUUGCAGGAUUUCUUUGUUCUUUAAAAUUGAAAACAAUGGUGCCAAGCAUAAUUAACAAUGCUAAAACCUCAAUUUAUGCAAUUCUUUCAUGCCUUGAUAGUGGGGAUUCUUUUCCAGUUUUAUCCGGAUUAUGUAACUUGUCUUUGGUUGUCUAAUCUUUUCUUUUUCAUACUGA